CAAUCAGUGCACAAGGCGGCGACGUGGGCCACGUGGGGACUCCGCUCUCUGAUUGGUGCGUGUAGAUAAACUCCUUGCUGAGAUCUGAUUGGCCGUGUCGCGUCUUUCUCGCGGCAGUUGAAUCGUCGUGUCAGUGGGCAGUCUGUGUGUGGUACGGCGAGUGGAGCGGAGUGGAGCUAGUGCAGGACAGCGGCACGUUCCGGUCUAAACUUUCUUCCUUUUAAUUAUUCGGUUUAUCCGUUAAAAACGUUUCCGAAUGUAGGAUUUGAAGAUCGGCGGUUUUUAUUUCUUGAGCGACGGUUGGGACCGGAUUUGAAUUUUUUUUCUGUUUGUCAGUGCGCGAGGACAAAUUCGACAGUUUGAACGUAUAUGACGGUUGGAGCUGCGCGCGCGCGGCUGGAACGGUUUCUUCAGCCUGAGAGAAAUUUCCUCAAACACAGAAAAGACAGAAGCAGGUCACGGAGUGUGUGUGUAUGUGUGUGUGUGUGUGUGUGUGUGUGUGCGUGUGUGUGUGUGUGCGCGCGCGCGCGCGCGUGUGUGUGACUCGGAGCUGGGACUGUAGUGGAGACAAACGGUAUAACGGAUAUAAUAAGAGGUCUGAGAGAAUCUAAAACACACCGAGAACCAGAAUCUGAGAUCUUUCAGACCAUCCGGCAGAAGCUGAGAUCUUUCAGACCAUCCGGCAGAAGCUGAGAUCUUUCAGACCAUCCGGCAGAAGCUGAGAUCUUUCAGACCAUCCUGCAGAAGCUGAGAUCUUUCAGACCAUCCAGCAGAAGCUGAGAUCUUUCAGACCAUCCAGCAGAAGCUGAGAUCUUUCAGACCAUCCAGCAGAAGCUGAGAUCUUUCAGACCAUCCAGCAGAAGCUGAGAUCUUUCAGACCAUCCAGCAGAAGCUGAGAUCUUUCAGACCAUCCAGCAGAAGCUGAGAUCUUUCAGACCAUCCAGCAGAAGCUGAGAUCUUUCAGACCAUCCAGCAGAAGCUGAGAUCUUUCAGACCAUCCAGCAGAAGCUGAGAUCUUUCAGACCAUCCAGCAGAAGCUGAGAUCUUUCAGACCAUCCAGCAGAAGCUGAGAUCUUUCAGACCAUCCAGCAGAAGCUGAGCUCUUUCAGACCAUCCAGCAGAAGCUGAGCUCUUUCAGACCAUCAGCAGAUCAGGCUGAUUAUUAAAGUGUACCGUAACACUGCUGAGUCUCACUGUGUUGUCCUGAUUGUGAUCUUUAAGUGGACCAGACAGCAGGACUGCUGGGAGAAAGAACGUCUCUGAUACCAGGAGGAUCUUGUCCGGCUUGUCAGAGCUUCACAAAGCUCCGUAUUCCUCCAGAUCUCACAGGGAUACACACAAGAUGUAUCCACAGGGCCGGCAUCCGGCACCUCAUCAGCCCGGACAACCCGGGUUCAAAUUCACCGUGGCGGAAUCGUGCGACCGGAUCAAAGACGAGUUCCAGUUCCUGCAAGCCCAGUAUCACAGCCUGAAGGUGGAGUACGAUAAACUGGCCAACGAGAAGACGGAGAUGCAACGUCACUAUGUCAUGUACUAUGAGAUGAGCUACGGACUCAACAUUGAAAUGCACAAACAGACCGAGAUUGCAAAGCGCCUCAAUGCAAUUCUUGCUCAAAUCAUGCCUUUUCUGUCACAAGAGCACCAACAGCAGGUAGCGCAGGCUGUUGAGCGUGCUAAGCAAGUGACAAUGACCGAGCUGAAUGCCAUCAUCGGGGUACGUGGACUUCCCAAUCUGCCUCUCACCCAACAGGCCCAUGGUGUCUAUCCCACUCUGAUGCAGCAGCAGCUCCAGGCUCAGCACCUCUCUCACGCAGCACACGGUCCUCCUGUCCAGCUGCCUCCUCACCCCUCAGGCUUGCAGCCGUCCGGCCUUCCCCCAGUCACAGGCGCCGGAUCCGGCCUGCUCGCGCUCGGAGCGCUGGGAAAUCAGGCACACUUACCAGUCAAAGACGAGAAGAAUCAUCUCGAUCUGGAGCAGAGAGAUCGGGAGUCGAGCACGAAUAACUCCGUGUCUCCUUCAGACAGCCUGAGGGCCAGCGAGAAACACAGGGCUUCGUCUGACUACAGCUUGGAUCCAAAGAAACGCAAAAUGGAGCCGAAGGACAACUUAAGAUAUGACAGCGACGGUGACAAAAGCGACGACCUGGUGGUUGACGUGUCCAAUGAGGACCCGCCCACUCCGAGGGGCAGCCCCUCUCACUCGCCCCCAGAGAACGGCUUGGACAAAGCGCACGUGCUGAAGAAAGACGCCCCAAACAGUCCAGCCUCUGUGGCUUCAUCUGGGAGCACGCCAUCUUCCAAAGCCAAGGAUCACCCUCAUAAUGAUAAAUCCUCGACGCCAGGCCUGAAGUCCAACACUCCAACUCCACGCAAUGACGCACCCACCCCAGGAACCAGCAGCACCCCAGGACUCAGACCCAUCCCAGGGCCUAAACCCCUUGGCAUGGAAGUGUUGGCUCCUGCACUGCGGACUCCUCUGUCCUACGCUGCUCCGUUCGCAAUGAUGGGUCAUCACCCAGAGAUGAACGGCUCUCUCUCCAGCACCGGUGUCUACGGUCUCAUCUCCCCUCAGAUGAGCGCAGCGGCCACAGCGGCGGCUUACGGCCGACCACCCAUGGCUGGAUUUGAUCCACAUCCUCACAUGCGGGCUCCAGGUCUCCCAGCCAGCCUGACGUCGAUCUCUGGAGGAAAACCAGCGUACUCAUUUCACGUCAGUGCAGACGGUCAGAUGCAGCCCGUCCCUUUUCCUCCAGAUGCGCUGAUCGGCCCGGGCAUCCCACGCCACGCACGCCAGAUUAACACGCUGAGCCAUGGUGAAGUGGUCUGCGCCGUAACCAUCAGCAACCCCACACGCCACGUUUACACUGGUGGCAAGGGGUGUGUCAAGAUCUGGGACAUCAGCCAACCUGGCAGCAAGAGCCCUGUGUCACAACUGGACUGCCUGAACAGAGAUAAUUACAUUCGCUCGUGUAAGCUGCUCCCAGACGGCCGCACACUGAUCGUGGGUGGCGAGGCCAGCACUCUGACCAUUUGGGACUUGGCCUCUCAGACACCACGCAUCAAGGCAGAACUGACCUCAUCAGCUCCGGCCUGCUACGCUCUGGCCAUCAGCCCUGAUGCCAAGGUCUGCUUCUCCUGCUGCAGCGACGGAAACAUCGCCGUGUGGGACUUACACAACCAGACCCUUGUCAGGCAGUUCCAGGGUCACACAGAUGGUGCAAGCUGUAUAGACAUCUCUCACGACGGCACCAAGCUGUGGACGGGUGGUCUGGACAACACCGUCCGCUCCUGGGACCUGAGAGAGGGACGACAGCUCCAGCAGCACGACUUCACCUCACAGAUCUUCUCUCUGGGCUACUGUCCGACCGGUGAGUGGUUGGCUGUAGGAAUGGAAAGCAGCAACGUGGAGGUUCUCCACCACACCAAACCAGACAAAUACCAGCUACACCUGCAUGAGAGCUGCGUGCUCUCUCUCAAAUUCGCCUACUGCGGUAAAUGGUUUGUGAGCACAGGGAAGGACAAUCUGCUGAAUGCCUGGAGGACGCCGUACGGCGCCAGCAUUUUCCAGUCAAAGGAGUCCUCAUCUGUCCUGAGCUGCGACAUCUCUGCUGACGACAAAUACAUCGUGACGGGAUCCGGUGACAAGAAGGCCACGGUCUAUGAAGUCAUUUACUAGAUUUAGGAGCGAUCGACUAAAUCCAAGGACCUGCGACGAGAGCUUUUUUUUCAGGCUCAUUAACAGUGGAAUCCGACUGAUCCCUUACCUUUCCUCCAAAGUCCAUCAAGAUUGGAAACCAUUCUGGUUCUAUUUUCACCUGGGAAUUAAUAUGUAUGGUUUGUUUUUUUUUGUUGUUGUUUUGUGAUACCGGACUGGUUGGCUACAGGACCUUUUGGAGCGACCGCUCAACUAAUCUGAGGAGCGCUCACUAAAGGAUGGCACUAAAGCAGUACAUAUUGUCUUGCCUUUUUCCCUUCGCUCUGGUCAUGAGAUUCUCCAGGUGUGUGCGCCUAUUCCUUCAGUCAUCAGUCCUUUAUUUUCCUGCUUUGUUUUGACGAAAAGCAACCGAUCUGUGAUGCAACAUGAAGCAGCGCUUCAUUUUUAGCCUCCCGCUCCCUGGACGACUUGUGAAAAGUGUAUAUAUGGAGUAAUAAAAACAUUUUAUAAAUAUAUAUGAUUAUAUGUACAUAUAUAUAUUUCCUUGUCCUGGUAUACUUGUGAUGGGUUUCUUUGUCCUCAUGUCCUCGAUGCUUGAUAAAAUCGUAGAUUAGGACCUACUUUUUUUUUUUUAAAAGGUGGAUUUUUUUUUUUUUUUUUUUUGUUUGUUCUGUUUCUUUUUUGUGAGCGGACUUUCUGGGUCACCAAUUAAUGACCCACUUCUGGGUGGAUGCGGUGUUGAACAAGGACCUUUUUAAAAAGCUUAGCCGAUUUGGGUUUGGACGUUAACGUGAUGCCGCCUCAGCAGCCACGGAUGAUACGUUUUGGACGUUGCGGAUGGCAGUUUCAUGGACAAUGCCAAGUAGCGUUAGACUCUGCCAAGUUCUGGAGAGCACCCAGAGGAACGUGGGGAGAUGUUUGUAAAUUAAAACCAAUAUUAAACUUGGACAGUUAACUAACUGUA